AUGCCAUCUAUUGUCAUGGCCCUUUUGGGUAAUCUUUUUGAAUUCGCACAAAUUGGUUGCAGACUAAGCUCCGGUAUAAGAAUCUACAGUAGCUCUACUAGUGUAGAAGUCUGGCUGGACAAAGUUUUGCCUGGAAGAAAGCCGAUUGGACAGCCCUAUUUCGACUACAGGUUGUGUCUCUUCUGCUCCUUCUUCUCCUCGAUUCCUAGUCAAUCUAGGGAAAGUGGUGCACAUCUUCAGUUGAAGAGAUCUCGAAUCUUAGAUAAGCUUUUCUCGCAGACGCAAGAUGAGCUGCAAAAUGGUUCAGAAUUUGCAAUAGGAUUAUUCCGAAGCUACAAACUACGCAGAGAGAGAACUAUCCUGAGCUUUGCUCUGAACGUCAUUGUCGGCACAGAAAGUCUACGCCAGCAUUUACCACCUACGGAUUUAGAAUUGGUAUUUACAGCUGGUGUGUGGUUUGUGCGGUGCCGCUCGUUAAGGUCAGAAGAUCCUACUCCAGUGUAG